GCAGAUGCAGAGGGCUGGGCCCUUGCUGGUGUAACUGAGCCCAGGUUACACUGGGCGUUGUGGGACUCUGGGCUCUGGGGAUGAGACUUCUGUAAUCAAGGCUUCGGAGACAGGACCGGGAGCCAAGCUGAAGGCGGACGGGGGACUUGGAUGUUGAGGUUUGUAGCUGCCCCGCAGAGCCGGCGCUAGCUGUGAAGACUGUGGGUACUGGACCUCCGGACAUGAGCGUGGGUUUCAUCGGGGCAGGGCAGCUGGCCUUUGCCUUAGCCAAGGGCUUCACAGCAGCAGGUGUUCUGGCUGCUCACAAGAUAAUGGCCAGCUCCCCAGACAUGGACCAAGCCACAGUCUCUGCCCUCAGGAGGAUAGGGGUGAACCUGACAUCUCAUAACAAAGAGACAGUGCGCCACAGUGAUGUGCUCUUCCUGGCUGUGAAGCCACACAUCAUCCCCUUCAUCCUGGAUGAAAUUGGUGCUAACAUUGAGGACAGACACAUUGUGGUGUCCUGUGCGGCGGGUGUCACCAUCAACUCCAUUGAAAAGAAGCUGACAACAUUCCAGCCAGCACCCAAAGUCAUCCGCUGUAUGACCAACACCCCGGUCGUAGUGCGGGAGGGUGUUACUGUGUAUGCCACAGGCACUCAUGCUCAGGUGGAGGAUGGCAGGCUCGUGGAGCAGCUCAUGUGCAGUGUGGGCUUCUGUACGGAGGUGGAGGAAGAUCUGAUUGAUGCUGUCACGGGGCUCAGUGGCAGCGGCCCUGCCUAUGCUUUCACAGCUCUGGAUGCUCUUGCUGAUGGUGGUGUGAAAAUGGGGCUUCCAAGACGCCUGGCUGUCCGCCUGGGGGCCCAGGCCCUCCUGGGAGCAGCUAAGAUGUUACUAGACUCAGAACAGCAUCCAGGCCAGCUCAAGGACAAUGUCUGCUCUCCUGGUGGGGCCACCAUCCACGCCUUGCAUGUGCUGGAGAGUGGGGGCUUUCGUUCACUGCUUAUCAAUGCCGUGGAGGCCUCCUGCAUCCGCACACGGGAGCUGCAGACCAUGGCUGAUCAGGAAACCGUCUCCCCUGCUGCCAUCAAAAAGACUGUCCUGGACAAGGUGAAACUGGACUCCCCUGCUGGGGCCUCCCUGUCUUCUGGCCAUAUUAAGCCACUGCCCUGCAGCCUGGCCCCAGCAGGCACGGAAUGAUUCAUCUGCCCAUCUUCCUCCUGCUCUCUGCUCUCUCUCUCUGUCUCUCUCUCUCCAGGGU